AUGGGUUGCUCCUGGUUCUCAUGCCACAAGAGUGGACGAGAACUCUCAGAAGUUGAUGGAGAGAUUGCAGCGAUAGACAACGUAAAGAUUUACAAAUAUAGAGAGAUACGUCAGGCGACUGAUGAUUUCAAUGCCGAGAAUAAAAUUGGAGAAGGAGGUUUUGGUUCUGUUUACAAGGGUCAUCUUAAAGAUGGAAAGGUCGCAGCCAUCAAAAUCCUUUCUGCUGAGUCAAGACAAGGUGUAAGAGAAUUCUUGACUGAGAUCAAUGUGAUAUCAAAGAUACAACAUGACAAUUUGGUUAAGUUAUAUGGAUGCUGCGUGGAAGGGAAUCACAGGAUUCUUGUUUACAAUUAUCUCGAGAACAAUAGCCUCGACAAGACGCUUCUUGCUGGGGGAUACACUCGAAGUGGGAUACAGUUUGAUUGGAGUACUCGGGCCAAUAUCUGCGUUGGAGUUGCUAAAGGUCUUGCCUUUCUUCAUGAAGAAGUACGGCCACACAUCAUUCAUAGAGAUAUCAAAGCAAGCAACAUCCUACUCGACAAGUACCUUUCCCCAAAGAUCUCCGAUUUUGGACUCGCUAGGCUUAUGCCACCUAACUUGACUCAUGUCAGCACUCGUGUAGCCGGUACAAUUGGUUACCUAGCGCCAGAGUAUGCGGUUAGGGGGCAAUUGACGCGUAAAGCGGAUAUAUACAGCUUUGGAGUCCUUCUUAUGGAGAUUGUCAGUGGAAGAAGUAACAAAAACACUCGUUUGCCUUCUGAAUUUCAAUAUCUCCUUGAAAGAGCUUGGGCACUUUAUGAGCGGAAUGAGAUCGUGGAUCUUGUUGAUACAGGGUUAAACGGUGUCUUUGACGCAGAGGAAGCUUGCCGGUACUUAAAGAUCGGUCUUUUGUGCACACAAGACAGUCCUAAGCUAAGGCCAACAAUGUCCACAGUGGUGAGGUUGUUGACAGGGGAGAAGGAUAUAGACUACAGGAAAAUAUCAAGACCGGGUUUGAUAUCUGACUUCAUGGACUUGAAAGUGAGAGGACAAGAUGAAGCAAAGGCAGAGGAAGUGAAUAGACAAAACUACACAAACCCGUCUUCUUCUUCUAAUACCUCGUCUAGUGCCGGGACUAGAGAUAACUCGAACGCUUAUUCCUCAGGGGCUUCAUCAGCUCAUGCUGCGAGAUUAGUCAAGUCUUUCGGAUCCGAUUUGAGGAUAUGUACUAGACUGAGUGUUCUCAGAUCAAAGCAAUGGCCAAGUAGCUCUCCAGAACUGUUUUGA